AUGGCGGCUACAGCUGCGACGCUGACGAACGCUGAGGCGGUGGCGGCGGCGGCGGAGAACAAGGCUGUGGGGAUUCCUCGGUGCAGUUGUCAGAUAUAACAGAAUUUCAACUUAAAGAAAGAAAGAAAAAGCGCCAAGAUGGGUGAAAAGAAACCAGAGCCUUUGGACUUUGUAAAAGAUUUCCAGGAAUACCUGACACAGCAGACCCAUCAUGUGAACAUGAUUUCGGGAUCAGUUAGUGGGGACAAAGAAGCAGAGACUCUUCAGGGAGCUGGAACAGAUGGUGAUCAAAAUGGACUUGAUCACCCAUCUGUUGAAGUCUCCCUGGAUGAAAACUCAGGAAUGUUAGUAGACGGGUUUGAAAGGACCUUUGAUGGGAAGCUCAAGUGUCGGUACUGCAACUAUGCCAGCAAAGGGACGGCCCGGCUCAUCGAGCAUAUCAGGAUCCACACAGGCGAGAAGCCUCACAGGUGUCACUUAUGUCCUUUUGCAUCUGCUUAUGAGCGCCAUCUGGAAGCCCACAUGCGCUCUCACACUGGGGAAAAACCAUACAAAUGUGAAUUGUGUUCCUUCCGCUGCAGUGACCGAAGUAACCUGUCCCACCAUCGAAGGCGCAAACAUAAAAUGGUACCAAUUAAAGGUACCAGGUCUUCCUUAAGCAGCAAGAAAAUGUGGGGGGUUUUACAAAAGAAAACAAGCAAUCUGGGGUAUAGCAGAAGAGCACUAAUCAACUUAAGUCCACCUUCCAUGGUGGUCCAGAAACCAGACUACCUUAAUGAUUUUACCCACGAAAUCCCAAAUAUCCAGACGGACUCCUAUGAAGCUAUGGCUAAAACUACACAAACUGCUGGCCUGCCGAGGGACCCCCAAGAACUCAUGGUUGACAACCCUUUGAAUCAGCUCUCUACUUUAGCAGGACAGUUGUCCAGCUUGCCACCAGAAAACCAAAACCCUGCCUCCCCUGAUGUAGAUCCCUGCCCUGAUGAAAAGCCUUUCAUGAUUCAGCAGCCCUCUGCCCAAGCAGUAGUCUCUGCUGUGUCAGCAAGUAUUCCUCAGAGCUCCUCCCCUACAAGUCCAGAGCCUCGGCCGUCGCAUAGUCAGAGGAACUACAGUCCAGUGGCAGGGCCCAGCAGUGAACCAAGUGCCCACACCAGUACUCCCAGCAUAGGAAACAGCCAGCCAAGCACUCCAGCUCCAACCCUGCCGGUCCAGGAUCCUCAGCUUCUGCACCACUGCCAGCACUGUGAUAUGUACUUUGCAGACAAUAUCCUUUACACUAUUCACAUGGGGUGCCAUGGGUAUGAAAAUCCUUUUCAAUGUAAUAUAUGUGGAUGCAAAUGUAAAAACAAGUAUGAUUUUGCUUGCCAUUUUGCAAGAGGGCAACAUAACCAUCACUGAACACAAUCAACAUUGUUCUCACUUGGUUUGGCCUUUUGGGAGUUUGUAGUUUGGUUUUUAGUUUGAUCAUCCCUAAUAAGGUAUAUACUAAUUUAAAAUUUAUACAUUCUAUUCAUAAAAUAGAAAUUUGAUAGUAAAAAAAGGUUUUGUUAACUUUUCAUAAAAGUCUGGUCAGGGUUAUUUAUGCAUUAGAUAGUUAGAUGCAUUGAUGUCUUUUUCACUUAGACCCAUGAGAGUCGAAGUACAGUCGACUAGUCCAUAAGGACUCCCAGGGUUGUCCGUACUCCUGAUGCUUCAGUAUACACAUUACAGUUAAACAUUCUUCCUGCCAUAUUUCAAAAUGGCACAAUAAACUUCUUAUAGAAUCUUUUAUAACAUUUCAGUGUUUAUAGACAAACUGCCUUUAAGUUUGCUCUUAAUUGAAAUGCUGUUUUCAUUCACGUAACUUAAGUUGCAUUAGUUUCAUUACAACCAAAACCAGUAGUUAUUGUGUAAUAAAUCUUUCUCUUCAAGGGGAAGUAUAAAAUAAUUCCUUUCAAAUUUAAAUUAUAAAAAUGAAAGUCUUGGAAGUUGAAAUUUGGGGUUAAAUUGAACAUUGUGUUUUGGUAUUUGAGAUAUCUGUUCAUUUAAUGUAUAAACAUGUUAGUUUUUAGUUUUUCAUUUAUAUAUCAUAUAUUUAUAUACUUGGAGUAUUAUUUUAAAGCCACAGGUAAAUAUACUAGAGUGCUAGAUGCCGUUUUCAAUAUGACUCUUUCAUUUAAAUUCUGCAUUCACCUAUUACUGGUGUCAGGUAAGAUUGACAACCACACUGAUUAUUUUAUUCUUCCUAGUCUUUGAUGACCAAAGAGGAAGUGGAACUCAUCCAUCUUAUUAAGAGAUGCUUCAAAACAAUCUCCAAAGUUUCCUUUUCUGCCUUCUGUACAUUUAUUGCCCAUAAUUUCCAAGAAGGGUCGAUCUAGAAACCCAGAGAAAUGUAAUAGUGAGGAAACAGCUACAAAAUCGCAAGAGAGCAUGCCCAAAUAGAGCCUACUUUCCUCUGCAGAGCAGAGCAGGCCAUGGAAGUCCUCCCUGUGAGUCUUCAUGGACAGAGACGGUGCGAUAGUCACCACAGUGGGCAAGGAUAAAGAGUGAGAGUUAUUAUGAAGCACAUUUAAAUGUGACAUUUAAUUUACUUAGAAUUAGAGUGGUUCAUUUUAUAUAGGAAGCCAUUAUUUUUGUAUCGUGUAAUAAGUAGCUUACUCUGAAGAGAGCCUGGCAAAACAAUAAAACAUUGUCACUUACUAUUGGUUUCUGUGUACUUUGCAAAUUUUUCAUUUUUAUUUGGUUAAUAUCUUGAAAAUAUUCCCAAUUGGCUUCUUAAAGAAAUACCCUGUCAAGCAUUUAUUAACCAAAAAUCACCUCUUACAGUAAAUAAGAGGGAAAUAUUGAGUGUCUACCCAUGAAGCCCAAGUGCCCUGUUAAUGGAUCUGUGCCCUCCCUCCCUGUGCUAGAAAGCCAUUCCGAGGGUGCCUGUGCUUACAUAGCCAGUCUUGGCUCAUCCCGACUGCACUGUUAAAGCGCAGCCCCAGAGACACUUUCUCGUGUGACCCUAACUUUCUAGUGAUUUUGGUCUGUUGCUUAAAUCAUUCACUAGAUUAGUUUCUCACAACACUUUCCAAAUACAUAACUCGACUGUUGUGCUUAUCAGCUGCCAGAAAGAAACAGGUUGUAGUUUGGAAACUGCUGUUUUUUAAAGUUUGAUUCAAUUCAAAGCAAUACUUCCAAACAGACAGUGAAUACUUCCCGAAAGAGGAAGAAGCCCAGUGCACGGCUGCGCACCUGUACUCCCAGCUGCUUGGGAAGCAGAGGCAGGAAGAGUGCUAGAGCCCAGGAAUUCCUGCCAGGCCCGCCAGGCAACACCGCAAGCCACAGUCUCAAAGGCCAAACAGCCUGAAAGGGCUCCCCUCACAGGCAGCUUUAUCACCUACACAUCUGGGCCAAACAGUGACACGUGCAUUUUUCCUAACAACUAAAGAUGAAUGUUCUGAAGGUACAUUUCAUUUUACGUAUGGAAAAGACUUUUCAUAAUUACAGACUAGAAGGAAAAAAAUCCUAAUUUUCCAAUAACAUAAAGAGCACAGUUGGUCUUCCAAAGGUGUCGAUGCAUGAAGCUACAAGUCCUUCGAAAUGCACUAAAAUUUUGAAGCAAAUCUACCUUAGAAACUUUUUUGAAAUUGUACUUUUAAAGAUUUAGGAUUUUACUUAAAUAUUCUGAGUUAAAUUCUGUACUAGGAAAGAUGCUGGAUUCUUUCCUUAAAUACUAAAUAUGUUCCUCAUUUUAUUUUUAACCAAAUGUUUUAUAGAAAUGAGUUGAGAAAAGUUUAACAUGCACUAUUUAUAGUACUUUGCCAAUAACAGGCAAUGUUCUGAAACUAAAUUUAUUUUUGUUCAGUGAACAUGAGUUUAGAUUUUUAAAGUUGGUAAUUUAUCUCCACUAAUAUUUUUUUAAAGAAACUGUGAAGAGAUUAACAGAAUAAUUUUAUUUCAGAUUUUACUAAUGUAGUAUGUAGCUACAACUUCUUGACAUUCAAGUGAAGACUAGACUUCUGUUUUGAAAAUUUUCCAUUGGGUAGUUUCAGUGGUUUCAUUUUAGAAAUGUGUUUGCUGUUCAUCUGCAGAUGUUUGACAAAGGGAAUAUUACUAAAAAGAAAAAAAUACUUAUCAAAUGAAGAAUUGUUAGAAAAAUUUAAAUUCCCUGCUGAAGACAUUUUUGUCAGUCUUAGGGGGUAGGUAUUUGCUUUCUAGAACUUGGUUUUGUUGAUACCUGGAUGUACAGAACAUGUUUUCUAUGCAAGGCAUAAGUCUUGCAUUACAGUUGUAAGAUAUAUUAUAUUGUUUAGGGAUCAAGAAAGCAAUCUAAUGCUGAAGUAACUAUAGUAUGUAGUUCCUAUUGUGAAUAAUGCUUUGCUUUUGUAAUGUAUGAAUAAAAAAAUAACACUUUCUAAUGA